AUGUCUGCUGCUGCUAUCGCGGCGUCACCCUCUUCGGCGGGCUGCACCAAUGUUCGCCUACAGACUGCUGGUCCCAUGGCCGCGAUACGCCUACCGCAGGGUGCUCUCCUGCCGCCUAGGCUGGGUCAUUUUAGCGCUUUUGCCACGUCAUCGCGCUUCCCAUCAUGCAACCGAAAGUCGUCAUCUUUCAGGCCCCGCUCCAUUCUCCAGGCCGUAGCUCCCCAGGCGCAGCCGCAGGCGAGCGUCGCAACGGUCGUCGACCAAUCAAGGAACGGCAGCGACGACGCGAAUGUGAGCGACGGGCCUUCCGGCGACUCGGAGUUGGAGGCGCGGCGGAAGCAGUGGGAGACAGAGCGGCUGCGGCUGAUCAAAGACGCGACGGCCGCGGCGGUAUCGUCGUACGAGGAGCGCAUCGCGCGGAUCGAGGUGGAUCAGACGGCUGAGGUUGCGACGAUGCGACGCGUGGCGGAGAUCGAAGGGCAGGUCAUGCGACGACAAUCGCAGGAAAUGUCGGGAUUGAGGGAGGAAAUCGAGGCGCUCACAAACGAGUUGGUUCUGACGAAAGAGGUCACGGAGCACGUGAUGAAGCAGCGCAGCCGCCGCGAGGAGGAGCUGGCGGAGAUUAAGGCGCAGAUCGCGGCGCAGGCUAAGAAGGUCGAGGAGGAAAGAGCGCUCUACGCGGGCGCGCGGAAGGCGCUAGCCGUGGAGUGGGGUAAGACCGAGCGGGAGCAGCACCAGCCAGAAGUGGCAACAGCCAUCGCCACAGCAGCAGAGCUCUCAGGGCGGGUCGCCUCCUUCGAGUCUUCCUUGCUGGAAGUACGGCGAGCCAUAGAAACCACCAGAGCUACACUCUUUCAGGCCAAACUCCGGGCAGAAGAAAAAUCUGUAGCUGUGCGGGAGCUUCGCUCGCAGCUGGAAAAGAUGGAGCAGGAACGCGAGUCGGUCGACGUGGAAACUUUUCGGGAGCUGACCGCACAGUUGAUUGAUGCAAGGAGAAUUUUGGAAGAGGAGGAUCGGCAACAGAAGGAAAUGGCUGCACUUCUUGGAAGAAUGACACAGGAAAUUCCUGGUUUGGAAAUGCAACUGGCUGAGGUUCGGGAGGCCCUGGCAGAGGAGAGGAAGGCUCGGGAGCAAGAGGUUGGGAAGCUACGAGAGUCAGUGGCGGUGGCUCGGGCCGACGCUGCAGAGGCUCGAGUGAGAUCGGUGCGGGCCGAGGCUCCUCUAGUUGCAGCUUUGGAGGAGGCUCGGAGACGGCACAAGGAGGAGGUUCGGGAGCUGGAGGCGAGAUUGGAGAAACUCGUGGUUCGGGAGAUCGGAGCAAGGCGGCUACAGGGUCUUCAAGAACAGGUUGACGACUACAUGACUCGGAUCAAGAAGGUCGAUCAAGCUUUAGAGCGUGUUGUUUCAAGGUAA